AAUUUUAAUUUAAGGUUUCUUCAUCCUGGAAGCAAUCUCUUAUCACUGGAACUGUUGUUUGUCCAUGGUUGCUCUUCGGAUCCGUCGAUGUUAGGUUAGAACUUCUUAUCAAGGAAUUGUUAGUUGGAAACAAGAAGAGAGGAAGUUGAGAUUCUAUAGUAGUCAAAUGGAGACUGACAGGUUAAAUUCUCCAAGCACCUCUGCAAUUCCUUUUGAAGUUUUCAACCAUCAACUGCAGUUCUCUCAGGAUCCCAAUUCCAAGCACCUAGGAACUACAGUUUGGGACUCAUCAAUGGUGUUUGUCAAAUAUCUGGAAAAGAAUUGCAGAAAGGGAAGAUUUUGCCCAUCCAAACUUAAAGGAAAACGUGUCAUUGAACUUGGAGCAGGUUGUGGAGUUGCAGGGUUUGGAAUGGCAUUUCUAGGAUGUAAUGUUGUUUCAACAGACCAAGUUGAAGUGUUGCCAUUGCUAAUGAGAAAUGUAGAACGUAAUGUGUCAAGGAUCAUCCAGAUGAACCACGAUCCUGAUUCGUUUGGAUCAAUCCAAGUAGCAGAGUUGGACUGGGGAAAUGAAGAUCAUAUAAGGGCUGUUGGUCCACCAUUUGACUACAUUAUUGGUACUGAUGUUGUUUAUGCAGAGCAUCUUUUGGAACCACUGUUGCAGACAAUACUUGCAUUAUCUGGACCCAAAACCACAAUCAUGAUUGGCUAUGAGAUCCGUUCAACCAGUGUCCAUGAGCAAAUGCUUCAGAUUUGGAAAAGAUACUUUGAGGUGAAAACUGUCCCAAAGGCUAAGAUGGAUGGUCAGUACCAACACGCGAGUAUUCAACUAUACAUCAUGGGAUUAAAGCCUUCAGUUGGUACCCUGUAUACCACAGACGAGGCAAGUCAAGGCGUUGAUCAGCAAGUAGAUGAUGUUAAUGCAAGAGAAACAGAACCAGAAAAGGAAGAGGGUGAAGGAAGUGGUAACCCAAUUGGUGAAGCUAGUAGUGAAAUAGUAGGGGAAGAUGGUCUGCAACUGACAAGACUCCCUCUUGGGAAGCUAAGUGACUGGGAGGCAAGAAGAUAUGGCUCGAUGGCAGCUCGACUUCUUCAAGAUAUCAAGAUAACCUAGCUCUUUUUUAGCUUCUUUGGUUGAUGUUAGCUGUUUGUUGUUAUGAAUGCUAAAGAAAACAACAUACGCUUG